AUGACUGAUCAAUCCAACCAGCCAUCUAGAGUCCACGGAAACUCUACUUACUAUCAAGGCGCGGCAAAAGAGCUCACCGGUAGGGUUACGGGAAAUGAGCAGAUGAAGUUGGAAGGAGAGGCAGAAAAACUUAAAGGACAAGGUGAAAUUGAUGCUGCAAAACUUCAACAGAGGGCUGAAGGCGCCAAGGACAAAGUUACUGGUACCGUCGAGGAGACAGCCGGCAAUGUAAUUGGCAACGAAAGAAUGCAAGCCGAGGGAGCUGCUACUCGUAUUAAAGGCGACUACAAAGCCUAA